AUGCCAACCAUCCCCAGCAAGCGCAAGCAGAUUGUCGGUGGCGGCGUCGGCAUGAAGGGCAUUGUUUCAGCCCUGGCUCUGAACCCUAGCGGGGACGGUAUUCUUGCUGCAGGCACUUUCACCAGACAUAUUGGACUGUACAGCUCAAAUGGCUCGGGUGAGUCCCUUGGGACUUUCAGCGUCGCGAAGACCAACGCAAAUCGCGAAAUUGGGGGUCGCGGAGUUACACAGCUUGUCUGGAGCCCUUGUGGCAGGUACCUGUAUGUCGCUGAGCGCAAGAGUGAUGGCAUUUUGGUUUAUGAUGUUCGGGUUACGGGGCAACUGCUUGGGCACUUGCGCGGGCGCAAGGCUCUGACGAAUCAACGCAUGAAAAUUGAUGUUGUUGCAUCUGGUCCUGAUGGCGCCCAUGAGAUUUGGGCUGGCGGUACCGAUGGGUUUAUGAGGGUUUGGAGAAGUCCAGAGCACUGUGCAGGUGGGAAGGACCCCGAUUGGGAGUACAAGGUGCAUGAUGAUGCCGUGACGAGUACAAUAUUCCACCCAAUGGGAAGUGUUGCUGCAACCUGCUCUGGGCAGCGACAUUUUGUUUCAGAUGAUUCUUCUGACGAAGACAUUCCAGCGAAGAACACCAAGCAAGCGGAUAACAGCCUCAAGGUCUGGUCAAUGCCAUUUCUGAUGUCAGAAACCGAGGAAAUCCGUGACUCAGAGCCAACAGCCUGA